CGGGGGAUGUGACUGACUGACCAUUGGCUGGAGUGGGAGACCCGAGGGAGGAAGGACCGCCGGGCCGGGGGCGGCGGGUGUCUCCGGGCCGAGUUUCCUUCUCCUGCACUCAGAGGACUGGGCAGCGCCUCCCCUCCCCCCGCCGGCACCACGGGCAUCUCGGUGACUUCCUCCCGACCCCGGCUUUUGGGGUAUCGGGGGAGGCGGGACUCUCCAGCAGGGUCGUACCCCGACCCCGGUGCCUGGAGCGCCUCCGCCGAUCCCUCCCCCGUGGGAGACGGUAGUGAGCGAGGGAAGCAGCCUCCUUCCGUCCCCUGCUGACCCCUCUGCUCCCCUAGACUCUCCUGUUCCACUCCUUUUCUUCAGAGGUUCCCCAACCCUGCCACUCACUUCUCCUCUUCCUCCUGCCCCCCCCACCUUCCAUCCCUUCCCCAAAAGGCUGCCAAGUUUUCCCUUCCGUCCCAGGUCCAGCUUCUCCCCGGUGCCACCCAUUCAAACACUCUUCCUUGCUUUCCCUUCCUCCCUCCCUCCCCCCUCCAACCUUGCCAACCUCUAAUGCCCUGAGUCUUUUUCUAUGUCACCUAAGGCCUUAUUAAGUUCUAGACAGCCCCAAACUUUAAUGCAAAGGAAAAGUCUGGGUUGGUUCCAUAGGCCCUUUAAAAAAGCUGACUUGAAAUUGCUGGCAACGCGUUCCUCGAGUGACUGACUGCUAGUGUAAAUCUAUUUGUGAAGUCUGGGUGACCCCCGCUCAGUUUUCCGGAGAGAAGUAGAAGCCAGAUUGGCAGGAAAUUUGUCAAAGAUGAAGAAACCAAGAUAGGGUUUGGGCGACUUCCACAGGAAAAGUUUCAGAGCGGGUAUCCAGAUCCUUCUGUCAAAGAACAUUUCUGAUUUUUUCUGAUAAGCAGAGACCCAGAAACAGCUACACUUUUGUCUUUGUUUGGAAAUCUAAAAUGACAUUGGCAUACCUGACACUUUUAGACUUAAGUAAUACUCCAUGCAAAUACCUUACUCUCAAGAGGGUUGCAAAAAUUGCAGUGGGAAAAGUGCAUUCCUUGUGAAAUUUUUUUAAAAUGGCUUCACUUUUGGAAAGAAACUGAUUCCUAUUCAACAAGUAAAAGACAUCUAAAUCAAUUGACAUUUUAGUUGUGUUGAACAAACUGAUAAACUGUAGAAUUGGAGCUCCUCUUUACCUGAGUGGACUUCGAAGCCUUUUUUACACUCAGUUUUGGGAGAAUUCUCUUGUGAUUGACUUCAGUAAGUGAUUUUUCAGGAGUGUGAAUGUGAAACCCAAAUACUAUUGUCAUUCUAAGCUAUUGGACCAUUCUGGAAGAUCUGAAACCCUCUUCUGGAAAGGGUUGUCUAUUAUUCCUUUAUGGGGCAGCAGCCUGGAAAAGUCCUUGGGGACCAGAGAAGGCCAAGUUUGCCUGCCCUGCACUUUAUCAAAGGAGCAGGGAAGAAGGAAUCAUCAAGGCAUGGGGGUCCACACUGCAAUGUUUUUGUGGAACAUGAUUCAUUGGACAUUACUCUCCCUCCUGCACUUUGCAUUACAAACUGGCCUUCUCUGAGUUCCUCACUUAUGACUCUCCCUCCUGGCUUCCCUGUCCCCAGGCCUUCAUCUCCAUCUUAUAGACUCUGUCUCUUCAGGACAUCAGAAGCCCUUCAGAGGCCAGUAAAUGCAUCUGAUUUUGAGCCACAAGGUCUGAGUGAAGCAGCUCGUUGGAACUCUAAGGAAAACCUUCUUGCUGGUCCCAGUGAAAAUGACCCUAACCUUUUUGUUGCACUGUAUGAUUUUGUGGCCAGUGGGGAUAAUACUCUAAGCAUAACUAAAGGUGAAAAGCUCCGUGUCUUGGGCUAUAAUCACAAUGGAGAAUGGUGCGAAGCCCAAACCAAGAAUGGACAGGGGUGGGUUCCAAGCAACUAUAUCACCCCAGUCAACAGUUUGGAGAAACAUUCCUGGUACCAUGGGCCUGUGUCACGAAAUGCUGCCGAAUACCUGCUGAGCAGUGGAAUCAAUGGCAGCUUUCUGGUUCGAGAGAGUGAGAGCAGCCCAGGCCAGCGGUCCAUUUCACUAAGAUAUGAGGGAAGGGUGUACCACUACAGGAUAAACACUGCAUCUGAUGGAAAGCUGUACGUCUCUUCAGAAAGCCGCUUUAACACUUUGGCAGAGUUGGUUCAUCACCAUUCAACAGUGGCAGAUGGGUUGAUCACCACUCUGCAUUACCCAGCUCCCAAGAGAAACAAACCCACCAUAUAUGGAGUGUCUCCUAACUAUGAUAAGUGGGAGAUUGAGCGGACAGACAUCACCAUGAAGCACAAACUUGGAGGAGGGCAGUAUGGAGAAGUGUAUGAAGGCGUAUGGAAAAAAUACAGCCUAACCGUGGCUGUAAAAACCUUGAAGGAAGACACUAUGGAGGUGGAAGAGUUCUUGAAAGAAGCUGCAGUAAUGAAGGAGAUCAAACACCCUAACUUAGUACAAUUACUAGGGGUGUGUACUCGGGAACCCCCAUUCUAUAUAAUCACCGAGUUCAUGACCUAUGGGAAUCUGUUAGAUUAUCUACGAGAGUGUAAUCGGCAGGAGGUGAAUGCAGUUGUGCUGCUAUACAUGGCCACUCAGAUCUCAUCAGCUAUGGAGUACCUGGAGAAGAAAAACUUCAUCCACAGGGAUCUUGCUGCCCGAAACUGCCUUGUAGGGGAAAACCACUUGGUGAAGGUGGCUGAUUUUGGCUUGAGCAGGUUAAUGACAGGAGAUACCUACACAGCCCAUGCUGGAGCUAAGUUCCCAAUCAAAUGGACAGCACCUGAAAGCCUGGCUUAUAAUAAAUUUUCUAUUAAGUCAGAUGUCUGGGCAUUUGGGGUUUUGCUUUGGGAAAUUGCGACAUAUGGUAUGUCCCCUUACCCUGGAAUUGAUCUGUCACAAGUAUAUGAAUUGUUGGAAAAAAACUAUCGCAUGGAACGUCCAGAAGGCUGUCCAGAAAAAGUCUAUGAACUCAUGAGAGCGUGUUGGCAGUGGAGUCCUUCUGACCGGCCCUCCUUUGCUGAAAUCCACCAAGCCUUUGAAACGAUGUUUCAGGAGUCCAGCAUAUCAGAUGAGGUGGAAAAAGAGUUGGGGAAGAAAGGUGUGCGAAGUGUUGUCAGUACACUGCUGCAAGCACCAGAAUUGCCAACUAAGACCAGAACAUCUAGGAGAGCUGCUGAAAAUAAAGACGCCAGUGAGCUGCUGGACACUCCUCAUGGGAAGAGCCCGGGAGAAGGCGAUCCUUUGGAUCAUGAGCCUGCUAUUUCUCCACUGCUCCCAAGGAAAGAAAGAGCUCCCCAGGACAAUAGCCUGAAUGAGGAUGAACGCCUUCUUCCCAAAGACAAGAAAACCAACCUCUUUAGUGCCCUAAUCAAGAAGAAGAAGAAAACCGCUCCAGCCCCCCCAAAGCGCAGCAGUUCUUUUCGGGAGAUGGAUGGCCAUCCAGACCGCAGGGGAGGCGGAGAGGACGAGACCCGGGACCUCCUCAAUGGCGCUUUUAUCACAGCUCCCGCAGAGGCGCCUGAGCCAUCCAAGUUCCCAGGUGCAAGCAAUGGGGUGAGUGUUAGCAAUGGAGCUGUGUCAGGGAGCUCAGGCUUCCGGUCUCCUCAUUUGUGGAAAAAAUCGAUCGUGUCAACAAGUAGCCGAUUGGCAGCCAGUGAAGAAGAAAGUAAUGCCAAUUCCAGCAAGCGCUUCCUGAGGUCAUGUUCUGCCUCUUGCGUACCCCACGGGGCCAAAGACACAGAAUGGAGGUCAGUAACACUACCUCGAGACCUGCAGUCCACUGAACAAUUUGAUUCUUCUACGUUUGGUGGGCACAAGAGUGAGAAGCCAGCCUUGCCUCGGAAACGGGCAAGUGAGAAUAAAUCUGAUGUGACUUCCAGGGGCACGGUGACCCCGCCACCCAGGCUACCGAAGCAGAAUGAGGAGGCUGUUGAUGAUGUCUUCAAAGAUACAGAGUCCAGCCCUGGUUCCAGCCCCCCGAGUCUGACGCCAAAACUUGUCCGUAGGCAAGUCGUGGCGACAGCAUCCUCUGGCCUGUCCCACAAGGAUGAAACUGGGAAACUUAGUGCCUUAGGAGCCCCUGCUGUGCUUGAACAAGUCCCUGUUAGCAAAGCUGCCUCCAGUGCGUUUAUGGGGACCAGUAAGGUCUCCAGUGAGGAGCCCAGAGUGAGGAGGCACAAACACUCUUCUGAAUCAUUAGGGAAGGACAAGGGAAAGCUCUCCAGACUGAAACCUGCCCCACCUCCCCCCCCACCAUCAUCUGCUGGGAAGUCCACGAAGUCCUCUCCUAGCCCUGGCCAAGAAGCAGCAGGGGAUGGAGGCCCUAGUAUUAAAGCAAAACAGUUGACUAUGGUAGCAGAUGAUGCUGCCAAGCAAAACCAGUUAGGAGAGGGUGUCAAAAAGCCUGUGCUCUCCUCUGCACCAAAGCCACAGUCAUCCAACAAACUGCCGAUGGCCCCAACCACCACUCCGACCACCUCUCCCUCUACUUUACCAUCUGCUUCGUCGACCCUCGGAGGGGAACAACUGUCUUCCACUGCUUUCAUCCCUCUCAUAUCUACCCGAGUGUCCCUGCGGAAAACCCGCCAGCCCCCAGAGAGGCUUGCUAGUGGUGCUAUCACAAAAGGUGUGGUCCUAGACAGCACCGAGGCCUUGUGCCUGGCCAUAUCCAAAAACUCAGAGCAGAUGGCCAGCCAUAGUGCUGUGCUAGAAGCAGGAAAAAACCUUUAUACUUUCUGUGUGAGCUACGUGGACUCCAUCCAGCAGAUGCGGAACAAGUUUGCUUUCAGGGAGGCCAUCAACAAGUUGGAAAACAACCUGCGUGAGCUUCAGAUCUGCCCCUCGACGGCGGGCGGGGGCCCUGCUGCCACCCAGGACUUUAGCAAGCUGCUCAGUUCAGUGAAAGAAAUCAGCGAUAUAGUUCAGAGGUAGCAGCAGCCAGGGCUCAGCCAGCCAGAGCUGACUGCUGAUAGGUGUAGCCUAAGAGCUAUGGUAGACUGACAAGAGACCGGUGAACCAGUGCCUCCAGGACAGGAAAAGGCAUCCAAGGUACAGACUGUGUGCUGCCAUGGAGCACACGCAGCCUGACUGCCUAGGCCGUGGGAUGUCAAUCACGAUAUGUUUUUCUCCUUUGCAGCCCAGGUUCCCUGAGUCAUUGCUUUUCUGAAACUCAUCUGUGGAGUUCCAUCUCUGUGGACUGAAGCCAAAAUACCAAGGCCCUGCUGUCCCUUUUCACUAAUGUUGCUUUAGAAUAAGCUUCAAGUUAGAAGUGGGCAUGGAAGACGUGGGUUUUGUUUUCUUCCUCUCCACAGGCGUUCCUGUGUCUUUCUCUUGCCAUUUUCCCAAAGGGUGAAUCUCCUGAAUGCUCACGUAUUUGAGCCUUUCCAGUAAAGUACUGCUGACAUUCACCUCUCUUUGUCCCAGGAAGGGAAUAGUCCUGAUUGAUUUUCUUAAGUCUUCUAAGCUAAGAAAUAUGUUUGAGGAAAUAAAAUAUUCAGAAGGGUGCUCAGAGCAAUCAUUGCAAGGUGGCCCCUCAUGUUCACCUGUUGGCCAGAGGCUGAGCUUUCCACCUUGUUUUCUUGUGUGAAGAAGAGCUGAUGAUUAUUGGGUUAGUAAGUUGUGAUAAGGGAAACAGCUGGGUGGCUCAUCAAGUGAGCAGCGAGGGCUGAGGAGGAGGCACAAAGCGGUUUGGGAUUUAGGUCAUCCAGCCUUCCCUUUAUCCUGGAGAAGAAAUCGCCUCCCUUUUGUGAUGUGUCGCGCCAAACAGGGGCCGAUGGAUUUUGGUUCCUAAAGAAAAUGGGGUUGAUGCUGCUGCAAUAACGUAGAGAAGGAAGAGGCCAGGAAAGCCGGGGGACAGUUGCCUAAGUUGUUUGGCGUCUGUGUACUCGGCAGGUCUGGGGCUGCCCUCUUACGGUGCUAGUCACUGGAUGACGUAGUGAGAACAGAAGUUUGGAUCCAGUCGUGUACUCAUUUAUUUCUUCCUCAUGCACUCCUCUAAAGCAAAGCCCAUUCUUACCACCCUUUCUGAGACAAUAGACUGUUUAGUUUCCUGACAUUCUUGAAGGCUCCCUAAGCAAGCUCCAUUCUCUGCAAAUCGAUGAGCAUCAUCACAGCCGCCAGUUCUUAACAGAAGCUAGCUGCCAGUGAGCACAGAGUUCAUUGCACCAAAGAGAAAGGAAAAAAGUGUUGACACCCAAAGGCCCUGGCCACGUUUGGCCAUACGCUUGGAGUUUGGAGAAUGCCUUUUAUUUAAUUACAAUGAACAUCACUUAUCAAUCUAAUGUUUCUCUAGGGGUUCUGUCAGGGACUUCAAGGGGGGAGGGAAAGCCCACAGAAAGUAUUUCAGAUGGCAGGCAGCCAUCUUUUGUCUUGCUCAUUCUUCCCCAGGGACUCCCCGGGAGCGCUGGAGGUGCAGGGACCAUGACUCGCGGGGCAGCCACUCGUAGUUUUCCUUGACCUCUGCACGCCAGUAUCCAGGCUGGAUAAGGGGCAAGAAGCAAUAGGCAGGGGACUAGAGAGAGACUCGCCACAUUACCCAAGAAACAAGGGUUAUGACUAUUAAUGGUGCAAUUCAGCCCCUUUACAGUUACAGAAACCAGAAGAAAAACCACAUUCCUUCCUCCUUCCCUCUAACUCCUAUGACCCUAUUGCUUUACACUAUUUUUACACUAAUCACCUUAACUUGUAUUUUAUUUUUCUGCUAGAAAUGGUUUUUAAAAUGGUUUUCUUCCAAUACCCUCUUUAUAUUUUCAUGUCACCUCUUUGCCCUCACAGACUGCUGUGAUUUACAAACACCACCAGCUGCCUUUUAAACAGACAAAACAAAACAAACCACACACACAAAAAUCUUUGGACUGUUUUAUGAGGUACUGUUUUUGUUUUGUUAACAUAAUGUGCCACUAUAUUAUGCAUUUGUAUCUUGCUAUUACAUUUUUUAUAGACUUACUCUUUUAUAAAUGUGUAAAUAGUUUUUCAGCUGUCCUUUCUGUAAUACCUAUGGUGCCAUUUCUUUUUUUUUUUUUUUUUGGUCCAAUACAUUUUGUUCAGUAUGUGACUCUCUUAAUGUUUUUUGAGUCCAAGUCUGUCUUCCUUAGUAUUUUUUAAAUAAAUCGAUGUUGGC